AUGUUAACCACACGAAGCAGCGACCUUGAGGAUGUCACCCCACGACGCACCGACCUAGAUCAUCUCGAUCUCGCUCAGUCUGCUGGGACGAUGUUCUUCUUCUAUGAACAUACUACUAGAAGGAAGACCAAGGACCUGUCCGCUCCAACACAUGGGGAUAGCACCACAAGCUCUAAUGGCGGUCAGGGGAUUGAACUGAAGCCUUGCUUUGUUUGGAAGAUGUAUAAGAAGGAGCAAACCACCAAGUUUCCCAACUUCAAUCACCAAUCACCAACCCUCAACAUGCCUACCGAAGCUCAGAUCGCCGGCGGCCACAAGGCCAACAUCAACAACCCCAACACGUCUGAGGAGUCCAAGCAGAACUCCAAGAAGAUUCUCGAGAACGAGUUCAACGGCGGCGAUGUCCCCAAGGCUGGCGACAAUGAGGAGAAGAACCCUGGCAAUGUUGCCGGUGGCCUCAAGGCUACUCUGAAGAAUCCCAAUGUCUCCGAUGAGGCCAAGGAGUCUGCCAAGGAGCGUCUUGACAACAUGUAA